AUGUGUGACGUGCGGCCGCUGCUGCUCGUGCUGUGUGCCGGGUGGCGUUGCUGUCUCGGCGUCCACCACCAGCUGUCCUCCCUCCUCGCCGAGCUCAGCGGCCUGCGCUCCGCUCUGCUCUGCUCCGCCAACUCCUGCCCCGAUGCCGCACUCCUGUCCCUGCUGGUGCUGUGCGCCCGUUGGACGCCGGCGCUGCUGCCGCUGGCUCACGCCCUCAGCACCGACCGCUGCGUCCUGCUGCGAGGGGGCAUCGAGGCGGCUGUCUACGGGGGGGUGCGCCACAUUGUCCACGUGUGCAGAGCUGGUCAGGUUAUCUUCACACUGCUCACCCUGUUGGGUCCGGACUCGGAACAACGUCGCAAGAUUGUGGUCUUCGUCAAGUCGGAGACGCACGUAGAGCAACUUCACGCGAUGUUGAUGCAGGGCGGCUGUUUGUCGCUGGGCUGCACGGUACCCAAUCCGGAGGUGGUGGAUGCCGUGCGUCGCAAGUGGGACAUGCACGGAGACCUCCAGCAUCCGCGUGUCCUCGUGACCACGGACGCGUGCGCUCGCCUGCUGGACGUGGACGACGCCACCUGCAUCGUCCACUACCACUUCCCAGAGUCCCCUGCGGUGCUGGGCGCGCGCCUCUGCUGCCUCCGGCGCUCCUUCGGCCAUCCCCUGCAACCCGAGGCUCCGCGCGGCGGCGACGUCACUGCGAGGUCGCCGGUGCCCCCCGCCGCCGCCACCGGCCCCUCCUCCGUGACGCUGGCGGUGAAGGGCGCCGGCGUGCGGGCGGCGCUGCCCCUGCUGGCGCUGCUGGAGCGCACCGGCUCACCGGUGCCCGCCGAGAUGCGCCGAGCCGCGGGCCGCGAGCGUGCCCGCAGGGAGCGCCGGAGGGCGUCUCGCCCACUCUGCCCCAGCCUCGCCAGGGUGGGCGCUUGCGGGCAGGAGCGACUCUGUCAGUGGCGACACAUUCUCUACGGAGGGCGGCACUUCACUCGGUCAGCAACCCUACCAGCUGGCACUCGCGUCACGCUGCUUGUCACACACGUGGAGUGCGUGACCCAGUUCUCCGGGCGGAUACUGCGCUACCGACGCCCGUCAGAAACAACAACAACAACAACCGCCACCACCACCAACAACACCAGCACCACCACCACCACCGGCGGUGAGGGUGACGGUGACGGUGAUGGUCCGUACGUGACCACGAGCACUGUGCACCUGCGUCUGGCCGCCCAGCUGAGCCAGCACUACGCCCGCGUGGCGCCCGGCGCCGCGCCACCACUCCCCGUGCCCGGGCAGCUCUACGGCGUGCGGCUGGCAGCCGGCUUCUACUGCAGGGCUCGCCUGCUGGGGGUCCCGGAGGGCUCGGCGCCGGCGCUGCUGUCGGUGGAUCUGGUGGACGAGGGCCGCUCUGUCACGGUGGGGCCCGGCGAGCUGCUGGCACUGCCGCCGGCGCUGGCCGCCCGGCCGCCCCCACUCUCCGUCUCCGUGGUGCUGUGCGGCGUGCGCCCUGCCGCGGGGGACUGCGAGUGGACGCCGCAGGCGCUGACGUUCGUGCGCGACGCGGUGCAGGGCACGGUGGUGGAGGGGAGCGUCGCCCUCGCCGCUGAGGACACGCUGUGGGUGGACUCGCUCCACCGGCGUACGUGGCUUCCUGGCUUGCGCGCGGAGGCCGUGGAGCCGAGCGUCCACGCCCAGCUGACGAGCCGCGGCUUCGCCCAAGCCAACCCGGGCCACGCGGCCGCUCUCCUGCGAGCGCUGGCGUCCGGCGCCGGAGCGGAGGGGCCCGGGACCCCGCGUCGCAGGGGGCGGCAGCGGGGGCACACCCACCAACAACACCACCACUACGUCUGCUACCACCCCCGUCACCACUGCCACCACCACCACCACACCCACCAACAACACCACUACUCCGUCUGCUACCACCACCGUCACCGCUGCCACCAGCACCACCACCAUCACCACCAGUGUCAAGACUGUGCCAGCCACGACUGGCGCUGUCCACAUGUCACGUGUCAAUGCUCAGCCUCGCACGUGUCCGGCACCACCAUCGCAGCUCAUCAGUUAUCCACCAACACCGUCAGCAUUCGUCCGUCAGCGACCAUCACCGCUCAUCAGUCAGCCACCACGACCACGGUCACCGCUCAUCAGUUAUCCACCACCAUCACCGCUCAUCUGUCAAUCACCACCACCACAAUCACCACUCAUCAGUCAACCACCAACACCGUCAGAAUUCAUCCGUCAGCGACCAUCACCGCUCAUCAGUUAUCCACCACCAUCACCGCUCAUCAGUUAUCCACCACCAUCACCGCUCAUCAGUUAUCCACCACCAUCACCGCUCAUCCGUCAAUCACCACCAGUCCGUCACGUGACUGGUCCUCAAGCCGGUCACGUGACCAGUCUACCAGUCAGUCAUGUGACCAGUCCUCAAGUCAGUCACGUGACCAGUCCACCUGUCAGUCACGUGACCGGUUUUCAAGUCGGUCACGUGACCAGUCAAGUCAGUCACGUGAUCAGUCCACCAGUCAGUCACGUGACCGGUCCUCAAGUCAGUCACGCGACCAGUCCACCUGUCAGUCACGCGACCAGUCCACCAGUCAGUCACGCGACCAGUCCACCAGUCAGUCACGCGACCAGUCCACCAGUCAGUCACGUGACCAGUUCUCAAGUCAGUCACGUGACCAGUCCACCAGUCAGUCACGUGACAAGUCCUCAAGUCAGUCGCGCGACAAGUCCUCGAGUCAGUCACGUGACCAGUCCACCGGUCAGUCACGUGACCAGUCCACCGGUCAGUCACGCGACCAGUCCACCAGUCUGUCACGCGACCAGUCCUCAAGUCAGUCACGUGACCAGUCCUCAAGUCAGUCACGUGACCAGUCCUCAAGUCAGUCACGUGACCAGUCCUCAAGUCAGUCACGUGACCAGUCCUCAAGUCAGUCACGCGACCAGUCCACCAGUCAGUCACGUGACCAGUCCUCGAGUCAGUCACGUGACCAGUCCACCAGUCAGUCACGCGACCAGUCCACCAGUCAGUCACGCGACAAGUCCUCAAGUCAGUCACGCGACCAGUCCACCAGUCCGCAACGUGACCAGUCCUCGACUCCACCACAUGACUGGAGUCUGCCCGCCCAGCCGCCCCCUGGACCUCGCUUUCCUUGGGAGGGGACGACCCCGGCAAGCUGCGACGCCCACGGGGAACUCCUCCAGGGUGGACUCUGCCAGGGUGGAUUCCUCCUCCAGGGUGGACUCCUCCAGGGUGGACGACUCCGCCAGCAUCACCCCAUUUGGAGUGGACGACCCCGACGGAGGGCUGGGACGCAGAGAUGGACAUCGCCGCACUCUGUGCGUGUGUGUGCAGUGCAUGUCCCCCGUGUCUCCGCUCCCUCCUCACGUGAUGGACCCGGACGUCUGGGACUCGGCCUCGGAUGUCAGCGAACUGGAGGACUCGGACAACUCGGCAGACACAUAGAGACACACGCAGAGACACGCACGCAGAGACACACGUAGAGACGCAGACACACACGUAGAGACACGCAG